AUGUGGUAUGGUAUGAAACUUAUAUUGAUAUUUUUCCUCCUCAUUCAAAAGUGUUUCUGCCAACAUGAACUUAGCGACAAGCUGAAUCAAAGGUGGUCUUUAAUAACCAAUCCAAUAAAUAUUGAUGAUACUAGUAUUGAGAAUACUUUCCCUUUUAUACAGCAAAGCUGUGCCAAAGAUGCACUUGAAAAGUUUAUGCCUAUUUGUCUUAAAGAUGGAGCAGAGGCAAUAACUUCUGAAUUAAGAGUUGAAACAGCUGUUAAAUUGUCAUUAUGUGAAUUUAAGGCGUCAGGAAUAGAAAGUAUCCCAAUCGAAUGCAAAAAUGCAACACCCGAUACAAUGUUGAGUUGUUUAAUUCAACUAGAAUCAUAUCCACAAUGGUGGACAACGUAUAGUGGAAAUUUCCAACGACUAACUUCAGUUUGCUAUGAGAAUUCCUUACCUUACGAGAAAGAACAAAUAUUGAAUUUAUUUUUAAACGUCACUGAUAUGUAUAGUGACAUAAAUGUUUCUUUAGAAAAGUAUAUUAAAGAUACUUUAUCUUCAGUGGAAUCAGACACUUCAAAAUUCAUGUCUGAAUUCUCUGAACGGUUAUACAAUUUACAAGAUCUUAUGGAUGAUAUAAUGAACGAGAUUCAUAACAAUAACAUUUCAGAUAAGGUUAAAGAAGCACAGGAAGAAAACCUUAAACAAUGGGAAGUUGUUGAGAAGCAGGCGUCUGAUAGUAUGGAUAUAUAUCUUCAAUAUCAGAAUGAAAUGUUCCUUGAUAUGCACAGAUUUUUUGAUGAGCUUAAGGUAAAUAUUAAAGUUUUAUCUAAUGAGAUAACUAUAGCAGCCGUAGAGAACAGCUUGGAAACAUGGAAUGGUUUAGUAAGUAAUAGCUUCGAAAACAUUACCGACAGAAUUAAUAAAACAAUAGUUAAUCUUGAUGUAAUCGAAAAUAAAAUUUCGAGAUUGAAUUAUAGCAUGAAUGUGAUUGUUCGAAUUUUCGAAAGUACUAUAUAUCUGCUUAAAACUGCACCAAUGCUAUUGAUGACACGAUACAGUUGGCUUUCUACAUCAGUUGCAAUACUAAUUUUAAAAUAUUUCUUUAAAUUAAACACUGGAUUUACAAGAAACUUUAUUAAAGGUCCCAUAUUUAUCAAUUGGUUCAGCGUGGUGACAGCAAUUACAUUGGGUAGAAUAGUAGGGACUAUUUUGGUUAAAAAAUAUAAUUCUUCUUAA